AACGAUCGCAGCAGAGAAUCAGUUCACUCAGCGACUUUAGCGUGUCGAGAACGCACAGAGAAAUAUAUCGAUUUCGACUUUGGAAAACAGAAACCGAAACCGAAACAUAAACAGGCUCGAAAGAAGCAGGGUUCGAAAUCGCGAAAUCGAAACAAUCCAAACCAAACGACCAAACGAAUUUUUUCCAAGUGACCCCCGAUAAAGUGAAGUGCUUACCGAGAAUCCGAGAAUAGAGAACCGGCAAUCGACGACAGCCCCAGGAUUACGGCUACGAUUUCCACAUUCGGAUACAAGAUGCAUCUGCCAGCGGGUCCAACGAUGGUGGCCAACAACUCACAGGUCCUGGCCGCUGCCGCCGCCGCAGCAGCUGCCGCUGCGGCCGCAGUUGCCCAGGGUCCUGGCCUGCAGCAGAGCAGUAAUGCCGCCAGUGCCACCGCCUCCGCCUCCGCAAUCAAUCCCGCCCAGAGCCUGGCCAACACGAGCACCCACUCGGCCAGCAGCACAGGCAGCUCCACCCCGGAUCUCAGCACGAACAACACCAGCUCGAGCAGCAACGCCACCACCAGUCCGCAGAACUCCGCCAAGAUGCCCAGCUCGAUGACCGACAUGUUCGCCAGCCUGCACGAGAUGCUGCAGGAGUACCACGGCGAGCUGGCCCAGACCGGAUCGCCCUCGAUCCUCUGCAGCGCUCUGCCCAACCACUGGCGGUCGAACAAGUCGCUGCCCGGCGCCUUCAAGGUGAUCGCCCUGGACGAUGUGCCCGAUGGCACCCUCGUGUCCAUCAAGUGCGGCAACGACGAGAACUACUGCGGCGAGCUGAGGAACUGCACCACCACCAUGAAGAACCAGGUGGCCAAGUUCAAUGAUCUGCGCUUUGUGGGCCGAUCGGGACGCGGCAAGUCCUUCACGCUGACCAUCACCAUCGCCACCUAUCCGGUGCAGAUCGCCAGCUACAGCAAGGCCAUCAAGGUGACCGUCGACGGGCCACGGGAGCCAAGAAGUAAGCAAAGCUAUGGCUAUCCCCAUCCCGGCGCGUUUAACCCGUUCAUGCUGAAUCCCGCUUGGCUGGAUGCGGCGUACAUGACCUACGGCUAUGCGGACUACUUCCGCCACCAGGCAGCCGCCCAGGCGGCCCAGGUGCAUCAUCCGGCGCUGGCCAAGUCCUCGGCCUCCUCGGUGUCGCCAAAUCCCAAUCCAUCGGUGGCCACCAGCUCCUCGUCGGCGGUCCAGCCAUCUGAGUAUCCACAUCCGGCGGCAGCAGUGGCUGCGGCGGCGGCGGCGGGACAACCGGCGGCCAUGAUGCCAUCGCCACCGGGCGCGGCGCCUGCGACGCCCUAUGCCAUGCCCCAGUUCCCAUUCAACCAUGUGGCCGCCGCAGCCGCCGCCAAGGCAGCCACGCCACACGCCUUCCAUCCGUAUAACUUUGCCGCGGCAGCGGGCCUGCGAGCCCGCAAUGCUGCACUGCAUCACCAGAGCGAGCCGGUCCACGUCAGCCCCGCCUCCUCCAGGCCAUCCAGCUCCUCGCCCACCCAGCAGCACGUGCUGCUCAAGCUGAACACCUCCAUCGAGACGAGCUCCAUCCACGAGCAGUCCGCCAGCGAUGGCGACUCCGACGACGAGCAGAUCGACGUGGUCAAGUCGGAGUUCGACCUGGACAAGAGCCUGGAUGUGGCGCCCCUUCGCAUGCGCUGCGACCUGAAGGCGCCCUCGGCCAUGAAGCCGCUCUACCACGAGAGCGGUCCUGGAGCGGUCGCCAGUAGCCGCCAGCCGUCGCCGGAAACGACCACCAAGAUCAAGAGCGCCGCCGUGCAGCAGAAGACCGUGUGGCGGCCGUAUUAGGCCACCCAUGGGGCAUCUAUGUUAAGUAGAUCCUGAUCCCCAAAGAUCUGGAGGAGUGAAGAAAACAAAGUGAUAAAACAGCGGCGGCGCAGAGCGGCAAGCGGGCAAAAAUUAUAAUUGUGAUAUAGUGUUAUAAGUUACGACGCCUCCGGCCGGCAAACGGAGCAGCCUCAUCAUCAGUGGGAUAGAAGGAUAGACGGCAGCAGUAGCAGCGAUUAACUGAUCAAGGAUAAUGGAUAGAGGACAAAGAACAAAGGACAAAGCAGCCCCAUCCUGGACAUCAGACUCCGGCGAAGUUUUAUGCUCGGACUCAUAAAAUCGUGCGACGAGUUUGAAUCACAGGCCCUCGAUUUUCACCAGGAUUUUUUACAAAUCCCAGAAGAAAACACGAUAACUCCAAAACUCAACCCAAAAAGAAAAUACCAAGAAAGCAAACUUUAGUUCAAUUUCAUUUCAACACAUAAAACAAAAAAAAAACAAAACAAUUUGUACAUAGCUAACUAGUUGUAACACUCCCAACUUUUUUUUUGAAAACCUAUUUUUUUCAAGGAUAAUAUGCGAAUUUAGCUAUUUUUAAUCAUUAUGUUUAACUAGUCUUGUAAGCGAGAAAUCAAUUUUUUUGUCUAGCCAUAAGUUUUAGCGCGAAAAGAGAUCUAACACAAAAAUCGAAUUUGAAACAAAACCAAAUAAAAAACAAAAAUCA